AAGAGGAACCACACUUUGAAAUGUCUCGUGUUGAAGAAGUGAACCUGCCGCCUUAAAAAGAGGUUUCUAAGACUCUUUAACCACCAGAGAGCCGAUUAACGUGUACACGGAGUUUUUAUGCUGCAUGUUAAACCGAGUCGUUAGCUCCUGCUGCUUGUGAAUGGCCGUAGCUAGCUGUCAGUAGCUAACAGUGAUGUCCUCGCCGUGGACGGAGCGCCAGGGACAGGUGGGAGACCUGAGAAACCAGAGCAGAGAGGAGCUUCAAGACCUGCUGCUCCGACAGGAAAAGAUACUCUCUAACACGAGGUUAUUGCAGUCUCUUCCUGACAAAGGGAAAAAGAUAAAAGAAUUUGCAGAGAAAGUGCGUCUCGCCAUUGAACACCACGAUGAAGAGGAGAGGAGACAGAGCUUGGUGUCUGCUGCCAGGACAGAAUUACAGUCCAAGUACAAGCAGGCUUUCACUAUGCAAAAUCGUGCCGUGCACAACACACCAGCAUCCUCACACCACAACAGGCAAAGUGAGACUGCUGCAGGCGAUGUGGUACAUGAGAGGGAGACCUCACCUGUCUCGGCUCUUGUGCAGGAAAAGCCCACUUUGGACGAGCAACAGGACCAGUUUGUCUCCAGAGCAGCUGCUGGUGAAACCAUGGAGACGGCUGCUGCUGCUGGGGCCUCUCUGAACUCUGAUGAAACAAAAGAGGGUGACCUUGUGGAGGCCUUGGAAAGGGUCAGACUGUCUGAGACUAGUACUGGUUUCAGUAGCAAGUCCAAAGACCUGUUAAACAGCACGGCAAGAGACAAUUACUUUCUCAGAAAACAGACACCAAAAAAGCCUCACUAUGUCACUGUCCUGGAAAAAACAGAGAAGAUCUCAGCUCCCAGGAAGCAGAAAUUCAAAACAAAUCAGCUGCCCCACAGAAGUGAUGUUUCUCCAUCAGGAUCCUCGUCACCCAGCCAUUCCUCUGAAGGCUCAUCGCCGCUGUCUGUCCAGGCCAGGAAGGAGCAGGACAGAAAACACCUUGACGACAUCACUGCAGCCAAACUCCCUCCUCUCCACCACAACCCGGCCCAGCUUCUGUCUUUGGAAGAGUCAGCCAUCCUCCUGAAGGAACAAAGCAAGAAGCAGCAGGAGUUGCAGGCCAAGCUGGCAGCCCAGAAACUGUCUGAGGGAUUGAAGAUCUCUAUGGGGAGCUACACUCCUGACGGUGGCUCCAUGGCUGCCUACAGAGAGGUUCACGAUGAAGGAGCCCAGCUCUCCUCAGAGGAAGACUGAUCCUGGAAGGCCAGAGCAGGGGAAACCAGUGUGACCUUGGCCCUGAGGGGAAACAGGCUUUGGACCUUGCAAUCAGGACCCAUCAAACAGGAUUUUCACUCCAAGGACAGGAAUUCUUAAUAGAGGAAAAGGGUCUUUGCAUGGUGUGAAGGCAUAGUUGGUAUCCCAGACUCAGGAAAUUGAAUGGCAGGUUGAAAAACUAGCUUACUUAAUUCUCAUUCUGUUCGUAUUGGGAUCAGCUGUUUCAGUGUCCUGCAGGAAUCGAGUAGGAGUCUUGAACGCUGAAUUCGAAGCACGUACGGUAUUAUGAGUGAAAUGCAUCUUAACAGUAACUAGUGAUGCCGUGACUCUCUUACCCUGAGUAUACUGUACAGUGAAAUUUCUAUUUUAGCGUGUUAAUAAUUUUAUGCACUUAAAGCUCAAUCAACAGGUGGAGCGGACUGUUCACAGCUUUGUCUAGAAAAUAGACAUGAGCCGGCAGAUAGUUGUGUCAGAUUUAAUUAUUACAGAAUGUGUAAGAGAAUUGAAUAAAUACAUCUGAUUCCCAAAUGGCUGUGUUUAUGUAAAGUUACCUGACAAUCCAGUGUUUUUUUCCCUAAUUUACAGACGCUGAAGGACCUCGUCAGCCUUCA